CGCGCUUUCUUGCCCAUGGGAUUUGGAUUUGCAGGUGAAGCCGCUCGCUCUGCUCUCCCAGCCAGUGCGCGCGCUGUGGGGCGAAAACGGCAACGAAGCAAAAGGGCCAAGGACGCAGAAAAGCACACAACCUCUCCAAACACACCGCAACACUCUUGCUGAUCCCACAGCUCCCGGAAGCCAGAACGUAGAGCAGCUGCAGCAGCAUAUAUACACACAGGGGUGUCUCGCGAUCAACUGCCCAAACUGCGGUGGUUUACACUCGAUCGCGCUUGGCGUUGAAAACUAGGCCCACCUCUCCACAGUGUUCACGCUUUGCCGCCCCUUUCACCACUCCCUCAACAAUGUCGUCAGAAUCCGCCUCGCUGCCGCUUGAGCAGCUCGGCCUUCUCAACUCCAACCAGCAAGUGUCGCUGCCACAAGCCCUGCUUAGAAUGCUCAACUACAACCACCAAACCGGUCUCUGCCAGAAGGGCUGGAACGAUAUCACACUCGCCCUUAUCUUUGCCACUUGCUUCUUGCUGGUCAAGGGAUACCUCUACAAAGCGGUCUUUCCGCCCAUCGCAGAUCGAAUGGGUCUGCCUCAGAGCCGCAUAACGAGGGCAAAGUUCUCGGAACAGUUCUGGCUCAUGUUGUGCCACUUCUUUUCUUUCACGUUCGGCGCGCUGCUUCUUAUUGGGAGGGAUUAUGGUAGUGCUGCGAUUGGGAAGAGGGAGGGGCUCAAGCACUUUUGGGUGGGAUACCCAUUUGAUUACAAGUAUCUGGACCCGGUCUUCAAGCUUUACUAUAUGGGUGUGAUCGGCUACUGGUUCCACCACUGCGCGGCUCUUGCCAUCGAGAGCUAUCAACGGUCGGCCGUUGAAAAGGCAAAAGCCCACGGGAAAAAGACGAAAUAUGCCGUGCCCAAGCGGUCCGACUUUUACGCUUUGGCUGUUCACCACUUUGUCACGGUAUCGCUGCUGUCCAUGUCCUACUACAUGAACUUUACUCGUGUCGGCCACGUUGUGUUGGUUCUGUUGGAUCUGGCCGAUGUGAUUUUACCUUUUGCCAAGAUCAUGAGAUACGCCGGUCAAAAGACCAUCUGCGACGUUUCCUUCGCCGUCUUCACAGUAUCAUGGGUCUUGACCCGCCACUACUACCUCUUCCACAUCUGCCUCUCGAUCUGGCGCGAUACCCUCAUCUACAUCCCCGAACAGUCUCGCCAUUGGGACCCCUGGGGCGCCGAGUGCUUCUACUCCUUCAAGGUGUACUACAUGUUCCUCGGCCUCUUCUGCGCCCUGCAGGUCUUGCUUCUCUACUGGCUCGCCCUGAUCCUUAAGGUCGUGUUGAAGGUCAUCAGCGGUGCUGGCGCAGAAGAUGUCCGUAGCGACAAUGAGGAGGAUGAGGAGGUGGAUGAGACGUCGGCGACGGCCAAGACGGCGCCAAGGAAGGAGGGCGAGCGGAAACAGAAGACAAAGCCGUCGCUUGCGGGACAACAGGCACGGAGAACGGCGGCGAAAAUGGCUUUCAGCCAAGGCGCGUCGGGGUUGGCGGACGGGCUUGCGGUGAGGGAGGGAGAUGUUCGGAGGAGGAGGUGAAAUGGAUAUCUCGCUCGGAUUUGGUACUGUGGGUCGUCGGUCGGGUCGGGGAUAUCAUGACAGGAGUCCCGGCUCUCGCCGGGAGGAAACCGAAGACAACACUCCUCCGGCCGUCACUAUCAUUAACUGCCAGACGACGAAACAUCAGUUCAGCGUAUCAGCACACAUCCCAUCGAACUAUUUAUCCCACUACUUCCGCGUCACCCCACCCAUCCAGACCAUUUCCUCCCUUUUUUUGGCC